GAUAGGCCAGUCGAGACGGGAUUCGUGGAUAUGAUUCUGACGGAUGCUGACCUGGCGAGCGCUGGCGGGGGUCCGCCUGUCGGGUAGAUGUCGGGAAGCCCACGAGACCGCGGGGACCACAGUGUCGCGGCUUGGAGUCACACGCCCUGGCGUGGCUCCACCGCCCUCCCUUUCUGGUGGACGUCGGCCGACCUGGCAUCCCGGGGUUCGCCUAUAAAAGGCUCGCGGUGGCCAUGGCGUCCAUCAUCCUCCUCUUUCCGGAGCUUCCCGGGGUUUUCUCUCGCUUUCUCCAUUUCUUCUGCUCUCGCCGGAAUCGAAGUGAAUUAGAGUGUUCGACAAUGGCGGUGGAGACCGUGGUGCCUACUGCGAUCGCGAACGGGGGUAAGCUUGGGUCAGCGGCCAACGAGAAACACGCCGAGAAGCUGAGGUUCAUCGAGGAAAUGACCGCCGACGCCGACGCGGUGCAGGAGAAGGUGCUCGCCAAGAUACUGACGCGCAACGCUGAGACAGAGUACCUCCGGAGGUACGGGCUCGGCGGCGCCACCGACCGCGACACCUUCAAGGCCAAGGUCCCCGUGGUCACCUACGACGACCUGCAGCCGGAGAUUCAGAGGAUUGCCAAUGGCGACCGCUCCGCCAUCCUCUCCGCCCAUCCCAUAUCCGAGUUCCUCACCAGCUCGGGGACGUCUGCCGGAGAACGGAAGCUGAUGCCCACCAUCAAAGAGGAGCUCGAUCGGAGGCAGCUCCUUUACAGCCUUCUCAUGCCGGUGAUGAACCUUUACAUGCCGGGGCUGGACAAAGGGAAGGGGCUCUAUUUCCUAUUCGUGAAGUCGGAGACCAAAACGCCCGGCGGCCUGACGGCGCGUCCGGUGCUGACGAGCUACUACAAAAGCGAUCACUUCAAGGGCCGCCCUUACGACCCCUACAACGUCUACACCAGCCCGACCGCAGCGAUACUCUGCACCGACGCGUUCCAGAGCAUGUACGCGCAGAUGCUCUGCGGCCUGCUCCAGCGCCUCGACGUGCUCCGCCUGGGCGCGGUCUUCGCCUCCGGCCUACUCCGCGCCAUCCGCUUCCUCCAGCUCCACUGGCCGGAGCUGUCCCACGACAUCGCGAGCGGGGCGCUGUCUGCCAAGGUCACCGACCCUUCGAUCCGCGCCGCUGUCGGCGAGCUCCUGGCGCUGCCGGACCCGGAGCUGGCCCGAUUCGUGACGGGCGAGUGCGCCAAGGGGGAUUGGGCGGGGAUCAUCACCCGGAUCUGGCCCAACACCAAGUACCUGGACGUGAUCGUGACGGGGGCCAUGGCGCAGUACAUCCCCACCCUGGAGUACUACAGCGGCGGCCUCCCCAUGGCCUGCACCAUGUAUGCUUCCUCCGAAUGCUACUUCGGCCUCAACCUGAAGCCUUUGUGCAACCCCUCCGAGGUCUCCUACACCAUCAUGCCCAACAUGGCAUACUUCGAGUUCCUGCCCCACGGCUACUCGGCGCCGGAGCAGCUGGUCGAUUUGGCCCAAGUGGAGAUCGGGAAGGAGUACGAGCUGGUGAUCACCACCUACGCCGGCCUGAACCGGUACCGUGUGGGCGACAUCCUGCGGGUGACCGGCUUCCACAACGCGGCGCCGCAGUUCCGCUUCAUCCGCCGCAAGAACGUGCUGCUGAGCAUCGACUCCGACAAGACCAACGAGGCGGAGCUGCAGAAGGCGGUGGACAGCGCGUCGGCGCUGCUUCGACCGUACGGCGCCAGCGUGGUGGAGUACACGAGCCACGCCUGCACCAAGUCCAUCCCGGGGCACUACGUCGUCUACUGGGAGCUUCUGACCAAGGCGGGCAGGUCGGCGGAGGCGCUAAUGGAGGCGCUGACGCGCGAAGGGGUGAUGGAGCGGUGCUGCCUGGCGAUGGAGGAAGCGCUGAACUCGGUGUACCGGCAGAGCCGCGCGGCCGACGGCUCCAUCGGUCCGCUGGAGAUACGGCUGGUCCAUGGGGGCACGUUCGAGGAGCUCAUGGACUACGCCAUCUCAAGGGGCGCAUCAAUCAACCAGUUCAAGGUGCCGCGCUGCGUCACCUUCCCGCCAAUCCUCGAACUGCUCGAUUCCCGCCUCGUCUCCGCCCACUUCAGCCCCGCCCUUCCCCGGUGGUCGCCGCACCCCAACAACUGAAGAGCGAAGAAGCUCAACGGCUGACGUGUCGUCCAGAGAGAGAAGGACAACUAAAUCUUUGACUUUCACUGGAUUUUUUUUUUCUACUUUUCGGGGAAGCGAUUAAGGUUUUAGCAUCGCUGGGAUCAUAUUAAUAUAAUGAGUCUUAAGCGUUAAUUGCUUUGUUUGUUUACAAUUAAUUA